AUGGCGGAGCUGGACUGGCUGGCCAGCGAGUCCGCGCUGGUGGGUGGGUGGGUGAAGACUGGGAGAGAGCAAGGGAAGGAUUCCUUCGCUUUCUUGGAGUUGAACGACGGGUCAUGUCCAGCCAACCUUCAGGUUAUCGUGGAUGCUGGUGUAGCAGAUCUGAGCACGCUUGUGCAGACUGGGACUUGCGUGUCUGUCGAGGGCUUGCUUAAGGUCCCUCCCGAGGGUACAAAGCAGAAGAUUGAGCUCCGUGUUGAAAGGGUUCUCCAUGUAGCCCCCACCGAUCCUGCCAGGUAUCCGAUUCCCAAAACGAAGCUCUCCCUUGAGUUUUUGAGGGAUCAUAUUCACCUUCGGCCCCGAACUAACACGAUUUCUGCAGUUGCUCGAAUUCGUAAUGCACUUGCUUUUGCAACACACUCUUUCUUUCAAGAGCAUGGUUUCCUGUACAUUCACACCCCAAUUAUCACUACAAGUGAUUGUGAAGGUGCUGGUGAAAUGUUUCAAGUUACAACCUUGAUCAGUGAAGCUGACAAGCGCGAUAAGGAGCUCAUUCAGAAUCCUCCUCCUACCGAGGCUGAUGUAGAAGCUGCCAAGCUUACUGUUAAGGAGAAAGGUGAGAUUGUUGCUAAACUCAAAACUGCCAAGGCAACUAGGGAGGAUAUUAGUGCUUCAGUGGCUCAAUUAAAAAUAGCCAAAGAGAACCUCUCAAGCCUGGAGGAAAGAGCUAAGCUUAAACCUGGUAUUCCUAUAAAAGAUGGCAAGAUGGAUUAUGGUCAAGAUUUCUUUUCCCGUCAAGCAUUUUUGACAGUGUCCGGCCAGCUUCAAGUUGAAACCUAUGCAUGUGCUGUCUCUAGUGUCUAUACAUUUGGACCAACUUUUAGAGCUGAGCAUUCUCACACUUCAAGGCAUUUGGCUGAGUUCUGGAUGGUGGAGCCUGAAAUAGCAUUUGCAGAUCUUCAGGAUGACAUGAACUGUGCAGAGGCAUAUGUGAAAUAUAUGUGCCAAUGGUUACUUGACAAGUGCUUCGAUGACAUGGAACUUAUGGCUAAGCUUUAUGACAAAGGUUGUAUUGAUCGUCUAAGGAUGGUUUCUUCAACCCCUUUCGAGCGUAUUUCUUACACAGAAGCUGUACGACUGCUCGAGGAGUCAGUGAGAGGUGGUAAGGAGUUUGAGAAGAAUGUGGAAUGGGGGAUUGAUCUGGCAUCUGAGCAUGAAUGGUAUGCAUAA